ACGAUUAAUUAGUACAAUGUUUUUUUUUCUUUUGUUUCUUUUUCUGCUAAGAAUGUAUGUAAGGACAAUGUUGAAAGCUUGAAUGGUAACAAAUCAAUAUGCAUGCAUGAUAGAUCACAAAAUCAAUGUUAACCCAUUAGUCACCAACACCAAUAAAGCAACAAAUUCCACCAGUAUUACAUAUCUAAUCAAGCAUAUACAGACACUUAUAUAAAUACCGUAUGAUAUGUCCUUUGACUUAUCAAACAUCCUUUUGUUUUGUUUUGUUAAGGGUUUAUACUGUCAAGUUUAUGAGCUGAUCUAAGAGAGAUUGUAAACAGCACAUUUGUCUCUUUGGUUAACUAUGCAAAAUCUUACUUCCACAUUCGUGUCUCGUUCCAUAGUCCCGAUCACUUCUCCGCGACUGCGACUGCCACCACCACGAUCAGUAGUUCCCAUGACUACCGUUUGCAUGGAACAAUCAUCCAAGCAAAAAGUGGUUGUGAUCAUGGGAGCCACGGGAUCAGGCAAGUCACGUCUCUCAAUCGAUCUAGCAACCCGUUUCUCUGGAGAGGUCGUCAAUUCUGACAAAAUUCAAUUCUACAAUGGAUUGAAGGUCACUACUAAUCAAAUGAGCAUCCCUGAGAGAUGUGGAGUCCCUCACCAUCUCCUUGGUGAGCUCCCUCCGGAUGACAGCGAACUAACUACCUCCGAAUUCCGCUCUUUGGCGUCGCGGUCCAUCUCCGAGAUUACUGCUCGUGGAAAUCUCCCGAUUGUAGCUGGCGGAUCAAACUCCUUUAUUCAUGCUCUCCUUGUCGACCGUUUCGACCCCCAAACCUAUCCAUUCUCUUCCGAGGUCUCCAUCUCUUCCAACUUGAGGUACGAGUGUUGCUUCCUUUGGGUGGAUGUCUCAGUCUCGGUCCUGUUCGAGUACCUCUCAAAACGUGUCGACCAGAUGAUGGAGUCAGGGAUGUUCGAGGAGCUCGCUGGUUUCUACAACCCGAGAUAUUCCGGGUCCACGAUCCGAACCCACGGGAUUCACAAGACCAUAGGAAUACCCGAGUUUGACCGGUACUUCAGCUUAUACCCACCGGAGAAUAACCACAAGAUGCCCGAAUGGGACCAAGCAAGAAAGGCGGCAUACGAGGAAGCUGUGCAAGAGAUCAAAGAGAACACAUGGCGUCUUGCAAAGAAGCAGAUUGAGAGGAUCGUGAAGCUGAAAAGCAGCGGAUGGGACAUUCAGAGGUUGGACGCUACGCCGUCAUUCAGAAGAUCGUCGAGAGAGAUUUGGGACAAGACUGUUUUGGAUGAAAGCGUCAAGGUUGUGAAACGCUUCUUGGUGAAAGACAAAGUGGGAGUUAUUUGUUAGUGGAUUUUAAUUGAUUUGAAAAUCUAAUCACAAUUAUGUGUUAUGAAAUCAUUUAAUUCUGUUUUUAUUUUAUUCGAUGUUUAAGGGUUUUGCACCCCGAUUAUGAAAUCA